UUUAUAUUUUUAUGUUUCCUUCUCUUUCUUCUCAACCCGAUACUUGUUCUCUUUUCUUUUUUUUCUUCCCCAACAUUCCUUAAAUCUCAACCCUGAGAUACCCCUAGGUUAAGGAGGACGAUUUCUGGGGAAGCUUCAUUUUCCCUCUUAUUAAUCUGGCGACGGAUCUAGGCAACAUAUGAGGUUUGGGUUAGGGUCUUCUUCUUCCUUGUUUUCUUCUUCUUCAUUUUCUUCUAAGACAACAAAGGCUCGAAGUUUGCAGAAGUGGGGAUCUGGGCAGCAGCUGAGGAGGAGCAGAGUUGUCGAUGGGCUGGUUCGUGGCUUGGGUCAGAGCCGGAGAAGACAAGCUUCAGAUCUGGCUUCAAAUGGAUCUGAGGCUUUGAAGGGGUCUAAAUGGAUCUGGCUUCCUCUUCAUUUGGGUUUUUCUUUUCUUUUCUGGUUUCUUGGAUUAACACGAACGAAGCUAAAGGUUGGGGACAGAGAAGAUUUGAAGGGGUUGGGCGGCGUCGGGGUGGUUCGACUAGCAAAUAUGAUUUUUCUAUACUUUUCUAUGUUCAUUAUUCAUAUUUUUCGGUAUUUUUUUGUAUUGUUCAUAUUUUUGUUCUUUUUUUUUUUAUAAAUCAAACUUGAUGCUGAAGAAAAUAGUGAGAUUGAUUGUCAAUAUUGGAAUAUGAAUAGAUUGUUCAAAUGAAGAAGAUGAAAUAAUUAAUUUGUUUUAACAUCUGAUGUUGAUUUGAUAAUUUGAAGAACAUGUAGAUAAUUUAAUUGAUUAAAAUCGGUUUAUUAAUUUUUAUUUGUUUAAAUUUAAUUUAAGUGAAAUUUGAUUUUUUUUUAUUUUUUAAUUGAAUAUAAUUUUUUUUAAAUAUUUAAAUGAUAUUUCAAAUGAAAAAUAAAAAAAAUAAAAUAGGUGGACCAAUGAAAAAUUGAGGUGUAUGUAAUUACCUGACACUUAACGUAUUUAUAUGGUAAAAAAAAAAGUGUUAUAUAUUAAAGUGCUAAUUUUAAAAAUCUUAGUCAUUUUUACCUCCAAUUACUCUGACUUUUUAAAAUUGCCAUUGUCCAUCUCCAAGCUCCAACCCUUUACAUAUAUAAGAUAUGACAUUGAGCGCCUCUCAUAGAUGAUAUCUUUUUCUUUCCUUAGCCAUAGAUCGACUCUCUCUCUCUCUCUCUCUCUCUAGAGAUCGAUUCGAGACUCUAAUUUUCGUCUUCCGUCAUUACAGUUGCAGAUGAAUAGAGAUAUCAAUUUGUGUAUGUAUAUGCAUAUAUGAUCUCUUGUUAUGUAUGUUAUCUGUUAUCUGUUGCUUUUCAAGGUGAAGUUGUGAACGUUGUAGUUUCUUUUAUGUCAGAACAGGCCAUAUUCUUUUUGGAAACAAUUGGGUUGCUGGGUGAGUAUUGUCCUUCAUCAAGAAAAAAGAACAGGUCCUUAUCGAAAGUUGUUGGCUGUAUGCAUCUCGGGCCAUUUGAGGAAUACUCUUGGUGUGGUUGCAAGUGUAUGCAACCUUUUCUGGCUGCUGAAGAUCAAUCCAUUUUUGUUGAGAGAAUCCUAGAAGCAAACACUGACAUCCAUUGAUUACGAAAAUUCCCGCAUUUCUCUGCUGUGACACUGACAUCCACUUUUACUUAAAUUCCAACUCUAUUGCUGAAGUGAAGAUGGCUUUACAGAACAUAGGUGCUGCAAAUAGUGAUGAUGCCUUCUACCGGUAUAAGAUGCCCAAAAUGAUUACGAAAAUAGAGGGCAGGGGAAAUGGCAUCAAGACAAAUGUUGUCAACAUGGUUGACAUUGCAAAGGCUUUGGCAAGGCCAGCAUCUUACACUACAAAGUAUUUUGGUUGUGAGCUUGGAGCCCAGUCUAAAUUUGAUGAGAAAACUGGAACUUCUCUUGUUAACGGGGCACAUGAAACUGUUAAGCUAGCUGGACUUCUUGAGAAUUUUAUAAAGAAAUACGUCCAGUGCUAUGGUUGUGGAAACCCUGAAACUGAGAUAGUGAUUACAAAAACUCAGAUGCUCCAACUGAAAUGUGCUGCAUGUGGGUUCGUGUCUGAUGUGGAUAUGAGGGACAAGCUUACCAGUUUCAUUCUUAAGAACCCGCCUGAACAGAAGAAGGGCUCCAAAGACAAGAAGGCAAUGAGAAGAGCGGAGAAAGAACGAAUGAAGGAAGGAGAGGCUGCUGAUGAGGAGCAAAAGAAAGUGAAGAAGAAGGGCACAUCAUCAAAAGAUAGUACCGCCAAAAAUAGCUCUUCCAGAAAGAAAGCAAGCGGAUCUGAUGAUGAUCAUUCAUCACCUCCACACAGCCAUGCUGAUGAGAAGGAAGAAGUUGACGACGACGAUGAUGUUCAGUGGCAAACUGAUACAUCGCUCGAGGCAGCUCGCCAGAGAAUUCAAGAACAGUUAAGUGCUGUAACAGCUGAUAUGGUUAUGCUCUCUACAAAUGAGCCAGACAAGAAGAUCAAGACAGCAACCAUAACAGGUGAUAGUGCUCAGAAUGGAAACUCAGUUGCUCCAGUGAAACUUCUUGAUGAACUGAAAGCAAACAUAAAGAAAGGCGCCCCAGCCAAUCAGCUGCAGUCCCUUCUAGCGUCUUCUCCCGAAUCAGCUCAGGAAAAGAUGACUCUUUUGUUUGAGGCACUCUUUGACGGUGUUGAGAAAGGGUUCACAAAGGUACUGGCCAAAAAUAAAAAUUACAUUGCUGUAGCUGCUGCUCAGGAGGGAUGUCAGCUGCUAUUACUUAAAGCUAUCGAAGCUUUCUUCAAAAGGUUGACAUCUAGUUCGAUGAAAGAAGUUGCACUGGUUCUAAAAGCAUUGUACGAUGCAGACAUCCUUGAGGAAGAGUACAUAAUGCAGUGGUUUGGUGAAGGAUCAAAAGGAGGCAGCAAAGAGUCCCAGAUUUGGAAAAAUGCUCAACCCUUCAUUGACUGGCUUCAGAGUGCUGAGUCAGAAACCGAGGAUGAAUGAUUAUGCGUUUUGUUUUUCUUUGUCCUGUAAUGAAACCUUAAAUAUCUCUGCGUGUGGUACUUACUGACUUUUCUUAGUAUUAUUGUUAUUAUUGUUUUAAUGUCUGCUGCCAUUGCUAAGCUGUUGCUGGCUCUACUUUGUAUGUUUUGUGUAUUGGGAGUUCUUGAGUGGUCUACGUAUGGUUGUAGUACUCUUCUACUUUGAAGUGCUUUUUCACAAUCCUCA